AUGGGCAUUCCCGAGUUCGUCAGGACGAUCUUACAAGUGUGUCCGGAGGCAGCUACGUAUCUGGACACCCAAGGUCGAAGCGUUCUCCAAGUAGCAAUACGGCAUGGUAACCGAGAUAUUGUGAGAACUAUACGUGAGAUGACUCGAGGGAAGAAUCCCAUACUACCAUUCUGGCUACUGUCUCGCGUCGACAAAGGGACCGGAAGAACCAUCCUGCACUUGGCUUCGGCAACUGCCCCCGAGCAUAACCAAGAUGCUCUACAAAUGCAAGAUGAAUUAAGAUGGUUUGAGACGGUGAGAGAUAUGGUUCCUAAGGAAUUAGUGUACAGUAGAAACGCGGAAGAGACGACCGCAGAAGAGAUGUUUACUGAGAGUCACAAAGAUUUGCUCAAGAGUUGCAAGGUUCAACUAAUGGAAACGGGCAGACUGUGUUCCGGGCUGGUCGCAGCUGUAGUGUUCGCGUCAAGCUUCUCAGUCCCCGGCGAUAAGGACCCAACCACCGGCAACCCGGUUUACUUCGGUAGGGCAGCUUUUACGGUCUUCUCACACACGUACGUGUUUGGGCUUUCAUGCGCCGCGACAUCUCUGGUGUUGUUCUUAUCCCUCGCCAUGUCACCUUACAAGGAACAGCAGUUCCGUCGUAUCAUCCCAAUCAAAUACUUCUUUGCCCGCUCGUCGUUUGGGUUGGCGAUGCUGUCUUUUCUGGUGGCGUUCACCUGCAACAUCUACCUACAGAUAUAUGGCUGGCAGAAGACGAAGUCGAAGGACUUGAUUCCAUUCAUAUUGGAGCUCACCGCCUUCCCUUUCAUCUGUUUCCUGGUGUUAUUCUUUUAUGGCUCCAAGUUCGGUCUAUCUUUUCUUUUUCAUUCUUGGCGUUGAGUCAACAAGCAUGAUCGUCCACACGAAUCUGGCAGGUUCAUGAUGUACGUGGGUUGUACCUAUUACGGUAUGUCGCCUGUUCCAGUGGUAUGCGGUGGUAGAAGUCAUUGGACAGUUAAAUAUCUUGUGUGUACAAGCAGCAACAAAGGCAUGUUAUAUGUGGCCGCUAUUUGAUUGUAACUUUAA